AUGUCGAUACGUACUGCAUCUGAUACUGCUUAUUCUGUUGUCAAAUGAUGGUAUACUGUAAAUGAACCAAAAUAUACGCAAUUGAGUCGUCUUCAACAUCUAAUUUCUGAUCGCUCGGAAGCUCUGUGGAGUCAAUAUGUUAAUCGUACAGUAUUACCGUAUUGGGAUGAAACUAAAUGUAUUCAUGGUAUACAACAAUUUGCGUAUUCAUAUUUUCCUUCUACUCAUUUUGUUAUUCACCAGGUCCAUGUUCCACUUAAGACUCUCUUUAAAAAUCAAACGAUUACAAUGUCAAGCCAAUCCGUACUGAUGUCAACGCCAGCAAUACAAUUAUUGUUUCUAUCAAUGGUAAUAUCUCCGACUCUUGUUGAGCAAUUGACAGUGACAAAUGGCGAAACGCUUUUCAUUUAUACUACUGUUACACGGAAAGGAAAUGCACUAUUAUUCUUCUUAGGUGGAAAAUAUCUAGGUGAAUUUGAUGAUCACGAUGAAGAAUUAGGUAAUCUCGAACCUACAAUCACAUUCGAUCUGUCAAGUUUUAAACCAAAUCAGCACUAUCUAUUCGAAAUUCUUUCAGUUUCACUCGGGCUCGAUGGUCAAUUGUUAUUUGAUAAUAGAAUCGUGGCCAACUUCUGGCAACAUCAAAAUGGCUUAGUGGGCGAAGAAUUGCAAGCUUGUACGGAACAAGAAUCGACAAGAGUCAGUUAA